ACCACUUGUCGUACGCUCACAGUCACCGACACACACUUUCCCUUCUCACGGUCUCCUACACUGACUAAGAUGACAGUUGAGCAACAAACAGGCACUGGCACAGGCACAGCAGAUUCUCAUCCUCCAAAGAAGCCCCCAAGGAACAAGUUUGCUCUCGCUUGUGCUACUUUGGCCUCCACCACUUCCAUCUUGCUCGGCUAUGAUAUUGGUGUCAUGAGCGGAGCUAUUAUAUACAUCAAGAGAGACCUCAAAAUCACGGACGUCCAAGUUGAAAUCCUGGUAGGGAUUAUCAACCUCUACUCCCUCAUAGGAUCCUUCCUCGCCGGGAGGACCUCCGACUGGAUCGGCCGCCGUUACACAAUCGUCCUUGCCGGAGCCAUCUUCUUCGUCGGCGCCAUUCUCAUGGGCUUCUCCCCGAAUUACGCCUUCCUCAUGUUCGGCCGUUUCAUUGCCGGCAUCGGCAUUGGCUACGCCCUCAUGAUCGCCCCUGUCUACGCCGCCGAAGUCUCCCCCACCUCCUCUCGCGGCUUCCUCACUUCCUUCCCUGAGGUUUUCAUCAACACCGGGCUACUGUUUGGAUACAUCUCUAACUUCGCAUUCUCGAAGCUACCGCUUCGGAUAGGCUGGCGAUUGAUGCUCGGAAUCGGCGUCGUUCCUUCUUUGUUAAUCGCACUGGGAGUGUUAGCCAUGCCGGAGUCGCCUCGAUGGCUAGUGAUGAGGGGUCGGCUAGGCGAAGCGCGCCGAGUGCUCGAGAAAACUUCAGAUUCUCAAGAAGAGGCUCGGCUGAGGCUGGCCGACAUCAAGUCAGCGGCUGGGAUCCCCGAGAGCUGCAACGACGACGUCGUUCAUGUGAUGAGCAAGCAAAGCACCGGCAAGGGCGUGUGGAAGGAGAUGUUCAUUCAUGCUUCGCCCGCCGUUCGCCACAUCGUUCUCGCCGUUCUCGGCAUACACUUCUUUCAGCAAGCCAUUGGCUUGGACUCCGUCGUUUUGUACAGCCCCACCAUCUUCGGGAAGGCCGGGAUCACGUCCGAUAACCAGAAGCUUCUCGCAACCGUAGCCGUUGGAUUCACCAAGACGAUCUUCAUCCUGGUCGCUACGUUCUUUUUGGAUCGAGUCGGGCGACGCCCGUUGUUGCUGAGUAGUUUCGGAGGGAUCAUACUCUCACUCUUUACUCUCGCCACGUGCCUCACGGUCAUCCAUCAUUCACACACAAAAGUUAUGUGGGCCGUUGGAUUAAGUAUCGCCACUGUGCUGUCCUCCGUCGCGACGUUCUCGAUUGGGGCUGGUCCGAUCGCGUGGGUUUAUAGCACGGAGAUCCUUCCGUUGAGGCUGCGCGCCCAGGGUGCGGCCAUGGGAGUUGUGGUGAAUAGGACGAUUAGUGGUGUGAUCUCAAUGACCUUUCUAUCCUUGUCGAAGGCGAUGACCAUCGGUGGGGCCUUCUUUUUGUAUGGAGGGGUUGCGACCGUUGGAUGGAUCUUUUUCUAUAUUAUGCUCCCCGAAACACGGGGCAAAACCCUGGAGGAAAUGGAGGGAUCUUUUGGUAAUUUCACAGCAAAGGGCAGAAACGCGCCGGAAGCACCAAGCACUGACAAAGAUGGAAACAAGCCCAGCCAAUUACAAGAUACUGAUCGAGUUUAGAUUAAGUUUUUUUCUCCUUUCUUUUUUUCCAAAUGCAAGCCUUUCUUUUUCCUCUGUACUACCGUAUGAAAAGUCUUGUGUGGCUAAGAAGAAAGUGGUCCUAUGUGGGAUGAGAUUGACUACCAUGGUUAGAAUAGUAAUUCAAAGUCACCUAACUUUUAUCAA